AUGGUCAAUCGACUCCAAGACAAAGUCGCCAUCAUAACCGGUGCAGCUGGCGGUAUCGGGCUCGAGACUACCAUCCUCUUCGUCCGUGAAGGCGCUAGUGUGCUCAUGCUCGACAUCUCAGAAGCAGCCCUAGAACGUGCUCUCGCAAAAGUCAACGAACUCUGCCCUGAUCUCAAGUCCUCCAACAAUUUCGUCAAAACCAAGAAAUGCGAUGUCUCCAAGGAAGCAGAUGUACAAGCCGCAGUGGAAAGCAUGGACGAACACGGUGGCAUCGAUGUGAUGUUCAACAACGCUGGAAUAAUGCAUGCCGAAGACGAUGAUGCCAUCAACACCGCCGAAAAGAUCUGGGAUCUGACUCAGGCCAUCAACGUCAAGGGCGUCUGGUUCGGAUGCAAGCACGCUGUAUUGUCGAUGCGACGGCACAAGAAGGCACGAGGUAGCAUCAUCAAUACUGCAUCUAUGGUUGCUCUGGUUGGAGCUGCGGCGCCACAACUCGCAUACACAGCUUCAAAGGGCGCUGUACUCGCGCUUACAAGAGAGUUGGCAAUGGAUUGGCUCGGCGAUGAUCUUCAGAAGAGAUAUCGACGUGAGGUGCAUUUCCCAAUGGGCCGGUUUGGAGAGGCUAUCGAGCAGGCAAAUGCUGUAGUGUUCUUGGCUAGUGACGAGAGCAGUUUCAUCCUCGGUCAGGACUUUGUGGUUGACGGGGGCAUGACCAAGGCUUAUGUUACUGGAGAGGGACCACCCACUGCAUCGCCGAAGAACAAUGCUACCUAA